UCGCCAGGCCGAGGGCUUGACCGCCCCGGCUCACCCUUAAUCCCAAAGGGCCAGCUAGAAGGGCGCCUGCCGAGGCUGAAUUUCCGCCCUCCGCCAGUCCCACCGGCUCCCCUUCUUUGUUGAGGGGUGGAAGGUACCUCGCCAUUAAAGAGGAUCCAGGUUGACUCCUUUUGAGUUCCUUAAGGGGGGGGGAGGAGAAGCGCCGAGAUUAGUAGUAGCCGCGCCCGAGAAACAGGAGCGGCCGCGCUUGUCAAGAGUCAAAUUAAUUACACGCUCCCCUCCCCCCACUUCGUCGGCUACUCGCCGCUCCGCACGCAGGACUUGGCCAUUGAAGAGAAAAAAAAAUCCCAACAAAGUUGGCUCGAUUCCUGAUUGCAGCGUUGUUACUUGACGGAGCGGUAUGAGAAGUUUACAACCAGUUCUGCAAUGAGCAAACAGCUAUUACCAAAGAAGAUGCCUUUGGAUUUUAGGAAUGUCUGUGUCCUUCUGCCAGAUCGAGACCAGCUCAGUUUGACUGUUGGGGUAAAAGCCACAGGACAGGAACUCUUUGAUCAAGUUUGUGAUGUACUGAAAAUUAAAGACCCUCACUUCUUUGGCAUCAGCGUUGUAAAAAAUAAUGAAUAUGUAUUUAUUGAUCUGGAGCAGAAGCUUUGUAAAUAUUUUGUAAAGGAGUGGAAGAAAGAAGGAAGCAGAGGAACAGAAAAGUUCAUCCCUCCUUUGGUUGCAUUCUUCAGAGUACAGUAUUAUGUAGAAAAUGGACGAGUUAUAAGUGACAGAGUGGCCCGGCAUUAUUACUACUGCCAUCUGAGGGAACAAGUGUUGAAGUCGCGAUGCACCAACAAAGAAGAAAUCUACUUCCUACUGGCUGCUUAUGGCCUGCAGGUUGACCUUGGUGACUACAAAGAUAAUGUCCAUGGAGAAAACUAUUUUGAACCACAGACAUAUUUCCCUCAGUGGAUCAUUGCCAAACGGGGGAGUGACUACAUCCUGAAGCAUGCACCGGAGAUGCACCGAGAACAGAAAGGGCUGACAACCAGAGAAGCAAUUCUGAAGUAUGUGAAGGAGUCGUGUCUGCUGGAAGAUGUCCCUGUCCACUUCUACAGAUUGCAUAAGUGGUCAAAGAAAAAGAGGUAUCGAGAAUCCUACAUCAGUGAUACUUUGGAGAUAGAUUUUGAUCCAUCCGAUAAGCAAUCUCACAACAGUGGGAGCAGCAGAGGAAGUGAGAGCAACAACCGCCUAUCUCGACAGUCUACUGACAGCCAUGGCAGUUCACACACCUCUGGCAUUGAGGCUGACUCAAGACAACACAUAUCCAUGGAGAUGUCUGUGGACGAACCCUUUGGGAUGGAUCCAAUCCAUCAGAAGGAGCAGUCUUGCAGUUCCAACAUCAGUUACAGUAGCUCUGGAAUUGAUAGCAGCAGCAAAGAUAAAGCCGAAAAUGACUUGCCCGAUGAUGAGGUGGAAUUGGCUGUAGAUGAGCCAGACACUUUACCUGCGGAUGAAUGUCAUUUUGAAGAAAUGUUCUAUGAGGAAUCUGUUGAUUCUCAGGCAAAAGAUGAUAUUUGGUGCCAAGAUAUUGACAAGCAUCCUCUAUCUGCGGUACAUGUCACCGUAAUAAAGGUCAAAGGCCAGAGUGCGGACUCGCUUAAUCAGAUUGCCCUACCCAAAGCAGCAAUGUCCCCAGAGCAGCACAGCCAAAGUCUAGAUGACGUCCGUCUGCGUAAAUGUCUACAUCCACCACUGAGUACCACGUUGUCUUCGGAUACCUCUCACAGUUAUACAUUUGGUUGUGCCUUAGACUUAGAGGAUAAGCUAGCCAACUAUGGAUAUGUGUAUUCAACAGCCGAUUGUAAAACUAAGUCAGCCCUCUAUGGAAAGAGGUCCAUGAACUGCUUGUCUUUAGAUCUCUUGGGAGAAGAUCCGUUCCCAGAAGAAUUUGUGGUGUAGCCACAUGGCGGAAGUCUCUCGGACCACCUUUUCAGAGCAUCUGCAAAACAAUUGAAUUGCUACUGUUGGAAAACAGUACAUGCAUAAGUAUCUUAAAUAUCUCAUUGGAACAUUUUGUCACUAAGAAUACAGCUGGCAAAGGAUCUCAAAUAGUGAAUGUCCAACCUAAAAGUCUUUCCCCUGAGUCUGGUGCAUCAGACACUUUGUUUUUCACCUGGUUGUACUAUGUAUAAUUUAGUGGGGCAUUUCUAUUUUCAUGAAAGCUUGUAACUUCCAUUGUUCUUGGCUUCAUCAAGAUAGAAUAUCCAUUUUUAUAAACUGUUCUUUUUGUUGUUGUUGUUAAAUUCAUGACUCUCCUUCCAACUUUUUUUUAAUUAUAAACAACCUUUUUGCCUAUUUUCAAUGUGAAUAAAUUAAUAUAGGUGGGGAAAACUU